UACACACAGCUUUGAGUUGAAAGAGAAAAGGAAAGUCAAGUCAUUUUUGAUCUUUGUUUUCUUGUUUUUAACGCUUUAUACCUGUGUUGUUUAUAUGGCCCCAGUUAGCGAGGCUGAAAUGAACCCACUGGAAACGCUGACUCUAUUAACUAAUCGUUAUAGAAAACAACAAUCAAAAUAAGAAAUAAGUCAGUUUCAGGCUUAAACUAGUCUAAACAAGUCUAUCUCGAGCUGGUUCUGCGAAUCGUCUAGAGCGUUUCCAAGCGCAAAGUUUACUUGUAUAUGCAAUUUUGUUUAUUCCUAAUAAUGCACCGGCCUGCAGCUUAAAUAAUAGAGCCCCAACAUGGCUGCAUGCUGAACCAAAGCCUAAGGGGACUUUGAAAAAUUUUUUGGGUCCCGUUAGUGGGAUAUCGCUGCUAAGGGGGGAGGGGGUCUGAAGUUUGAAAAAAAAAAUCCACUAGGGAUUGGGAAAUUUUAAAAAUUUGUUUGUGGCCUGAAAAUUCUUCGUCGCUCGUGAGCAUAUUCCUCUUCUCAUCAAUAAUUCUGAUAACUUUUAUUUACAAAACACGCCCAAGAUUUAUCCGAAUGUGUGUAUUUCACGGACGGAAAUCUGCUGCUUAGCGGUGAUAUCGCGUUAACAUGGUCCGAAAAAAUUUUUCAAAGGCCCCUAAAGAAACUGUAGUGUAUUAGAGCUAGGUUGCCUAAUAAGUUAUAUACGCAAUGUUUAACAACCUGCUUACCCGGCCAUGCAUCACGGCUGUUUCGCUACGGUCAAACCGCGGACAAAAUUAAGAUGGCUUCCACAAUUUUUUUGGAAAUUUUGUAUUUUUAUCAUUUUUUAAGUUAUUGAAACUUUUUUUGUGUUGUUUUAAUUUUACUGAAUUAAAAAGUAUUAAAACGAUCUACUUUUCCCCUUUUUAAAUAUAUAAAUAUGUUAUACAUGUGUGUUAUAAAUUUCGAGUUAUUUCGUCGAAUAAAACACACAAAACUAAAAAAAAAAUUAUUUUUGGCGAAAGUAUACCAUCUUUCCAACCUUGUGCCAAUGCCGCGCUACUAGCUACGGACUUGAAAAUUGGUAUGGGGGGCCUAGAAACAUGGUUCUAUUGGCCGGUACCGUGCACCGUUCGUCUCGCAAACUAUAAACUACUUAAAUUUUAAGUUAAAGUCUUCUUUAGGCGCUAAAAAAGAGGAGAAAAAGUUGCCAAAGUGGUGCACGGCGAUUUGAUGUAGUCUGAUCCCUUUUCUGUCUAAUUAAAUAAUUAUCUAAACUUCUAAGCAAGUCAGCAAGUGGUUUUUCCCAGCAAAAUUACGGCAACCCGGUGUUUACUUUUGACUUGAUUGCUCGACCCGGGAAUCCUAAUCCGAAACCGGGAUUUUUUGAAAAUGUUGGAAUAAGCGAGACAACGGUGUCUUAGCAAUUUUGAAGCUAGCUAAAGUUUGGCAGAGCACGAGUUAAGACUUUGGUGGGCUUUUUCAAGAUAAAAUUGUUGAAAUCAAAGAUGUUUAUGGCUAGCUAGCUAGCUAAUCUUGGCUUUAUCACAAGAUUGGGUGCUAUUUUAUACAAUUUAUAAAGAAACACAACAUGAUUGCUUUGUAUAUAUUUAAUGUAUAUAAUAAACUAUUUAUGCACAACUUGAGAUAUUUUCUACUAGCAUGAUAAACUAGAAUGUUGAAACUGUCGACUCUGAAUGACGUUUUAUUUAAUGUAUGAUGUCACAUAUUUAGCCCGAAAACCCUUAGGACCAAAAGUGACCCUUUGGACAAUUUCGGACAGUAAUAAAAUUAAUUAAUUUUUAUUCCAUAUAUUUAACCUAACCUUUGGACCAUAAAAAACAUGUUUCCUUAACUUUAUUCUAGAGAUAUUGUGGAAGACAUUCAUCUAAAUGAUAAUUUGUAAGUCAUUUUUAGAAAUUUUGGCCUAAAUAUACCAAUUUCGGACAGGUGUCCAAAAAAAUUUUUCUUUUAAUAAUAUGGACAAUUUAUCUGAGAUUAUUAUUCUUUUUACAGAAUAUAAAAAUUUUAUUUCGUUCUUGAGAUAUCCUGUUUUAACUGAGAGGGUAAUUCGAAUUAUUUUUUCGUAACAUUUUUGUCCGCUUCGAAACAGCUGUGGCAUGUGCAGUUUGAAGUAAGCACUCAGCCACCUUUCUUACGUAAUGCAACCCAUGCUUCAUAUAGUUUUUUUUUUUGGCCUUGUCUUCGACUUGGUAAAAACUUUAAAAUAAAAAUAGAGCAUUAUAAGGGGAGCAGUCAUAAUAAGUCAUCAUUGUUAUGAUAAUAGACCUCUUGAACAUGAACACUUAAAAAAAAGGUGCAUAUAUAAAUCCAAUGAUUUAAAAGCCUUCGUUGACUCGUGAGUGAUCACUACUAGGACUUUUCACUAAGUACAUAUGGAUUUUUUUCUGGCAAUACCUUAACAUUGGCUAGGGUGAGCUUUUUAAUAUACAAAGUUUUCUCAUCUUUAUCAAGCGAAAGAAAGUAACUUGAAUCUGACCACAUGACGUCCUAGUUAUAUCUGCAGCAACGACAAACAGGCCAGUUAAUUUUGGCGAACGUUUUUUUUGUAAACCGUGGGAGAUGUGAAUUUGGUGGCCUAUGGUUUAGAAAAGCACUGUACUGGUGCUCGCUGUUUUUUAUCCUGCUCAUCAAAAGUGUGAUGUUUACCUCCUCCGAUUGCAAGAUAAGCUGUGAUGGAUUGUUAGUUUUUCUGAAUUAUCCUAAAGGUUGCAGUUACAUCUUGAAAUUUAAUAUAGCAUCACAGUGGUAAAGAUAAAAUGAGUACAAACGAGAAUAACACAGUUGGCAAUAAAAGCUGGAAUUUCUUGAGCACUGAUGUAUUUAAUGCAAUUUACUGGCCUAUUCAACUACCUUUCACCUUCCUAAGAAGCAUUUUCUCCCAGCCGCUUUGGGUUUUGACAUCAUUACUAACAAGUACAUUCUUUGUUUGUGGCCUUUUAUCAAGGUAUUUUCUUCGGAAAAGUGCUGUUGCAUCAAGAGGUAAACUACCUGGAGACUCAAGAAACCAAGCAAGUUCAAAAACAGUUACUAUUGGGUUUUUCCAUCCUUAUUGCAAUGCUGGUGGUGGCGGAGAACGUGUCUUGUGGUGUGCCAUAAGAGCUUUGCAGGCUAGAUAUGAUUUUGUGAAAUGUGUUGUUUAUACCGGUGAUACUACAGAAAGCCCAGAGGCAAUUGCAGACAGAGCCAAGAAGCGAUUUAAUAUUCAACUGAAACGACAUGUGCAUUUUGUUUAUUUAAACAGAAGAGCCUGGGUGACUGCAGAACGUUAUCCACUUCUGACUCUCCUGGGACAGAGCCUUGGCUCUGUAAUUUUAGGCAUUGAAGCUCUCUAUAAAUUCACUCCUGAUAUUUAUUUGGAUACAAUGGGUUAUGCUUUUACUUUGCCAUUGUUUAAGUUUCUUGGUGGAUGUAAGGUGGGAUGUUAUGUACAUUAUCCCACAAUAAGCACGGACAUGUUGGAAAAAGUAAAUCAAAGGGAAGCUGAUUUCAAUAACGCUCAGUACAUAUCACAAAGUUUCCUGUUGAGUAAUUUAAAAAAUUAUUAUUACAAGUUGUUUGCAUUUUGUUACGGUUUUUGUGGACGAUGUAGUGAUGUCGUUAUGGUGAACUCCUCUUGGACUCAUGGCCAUAUCAACGCUUUAUGGAAAAUUCCUAAUCAAACUUCAAUUGUUUUCCCCCCAUGUGAUACCAAAGCACUUGAAGAAAUUUCUAUUGAUGAAAUGGAAUCACAAAAAGUUAAACCAAAACAAAUUAUUUCUGUUGCUCAAUUUCGCCCUGAGAAAAACCACUUGAUGCAAUUGAACAUCUUCAAAGACUUCCAAAAACAGCUGAAGAAAGAAGAGAAAGAGAAGUAUAAACUUUUGUUAGUUGGUAGCUGCCGAGAUAAAGGCGACGAAGCAAGAGUGCAAAUGUUGAAAGAUAAGGCGAAACAGCUCCACAUCAAUAAAUAUGUAAGUUUCCAUCUCAACGUUUCUUAUGAAGAACUCAUUGAUCACUUGAGCGAUUCAAUUGUGGGCUUACACACAAUGCGAGACGAGCAUUUCGGAAUUGGUGUUGUUGAAUUUAUGGCUGCAGGACUGGUAACAUUGGCACAUAAUUCUGCUGGACCGAAGAUGGACAUUGUCAUUGAUUGGAAUGAUGUGAAAACCGGUUAUUUAGCAGACUCAACAGAAAGUUAUGUGAAGUCGUUGAAGGAAAUUUUUAGUAAGAAGCCAAAAGAAAGAUAUGAAGUUUGUGCUCAAGCAAGACAAUGUGUGAAAAAAAGAUUUUCUGAGGAAACGUUUAAAAAGCGUUUUUUAGCUGCGACUGAAAUAUUACUUAUAUGAAUAACUUAUAAUAUUUACAAUAAUGAUAAAUUUUUGCAGUAUAAAAAACCAAAUCUAUUGUUUAUUGAUUUGGUUGAUUGUUUAUUUAAAAGUCUGUUUUGUGAAAUGAGCAUUGUGAAUAGACGGUUAGAUUUUGUGGGGUUUUAGUCUUAUAGAACUUUCAUUGUGUCAUAUCUUUCUAAUGUUGUUUUUUCCUUAUUCAUAGCAAGAUUUUAGAAUUUCGUUCACUCUACAAUGUAAAUUAAGGGGCAAAUUUAAGAAAACUUGUUAAUCAACUUUUUAACCUCUUUAAAAUAAGCCCAGCAUCAUUCUUUAGGGAAUAACAUGAAUUUGAAUGAAAUGGUUAGCUUGUAUUCGUGAAGAAGAUGUAAAUUUUUAAAUAUUUUGUUUUGAUGUUUCACAUAUUUUUAUUAUUAGGCUUCAAUUUUAUUAGUUUCUUUCUAAAUAGUUAUUUAUCCACUUAAAUAGUUCAGUCAUAAAAAAACAACACAAAAAAGAUUUUCUCCAGUUUUGUAAUGUUUGGACUUUUAUUAACUUUUGGUUGUCAGUCGCGAUAUUCUUGUCUUGAUGUAUUUUACAGAAUGGGGAAACAAAGAUUGACCUCAUGUUCUUCCUCCGUACUAAUGAAAAAAGUCACGUUGCGUUGAGCUUGGAAAAAGGAUGGGAAAAAAUGUAUUUUAAAUUCAAUUGUUUCCAUACACAAAAACACUGAGUGCUAAAAAAGACCUAAAUUUGGCAGAUUUGUGCUGAUGUCAUCAUCUUCUUGUUGAAUUACUUUUGCAGUUAGUAGUUGUAGUCCAAAAAUUUGUGAAAUUAUUUAGAUGGUAGAUAAAAUUUCAAAUUUAGCAAAGGUUUUUUCGUGGUUAUAAGGUUUUAGCCCGUGGAGAAUCCACUGAAUUUACCUGUCAAAACAUCUAAGGGAAAUAUUCCGUUGCUACCAUCUUUGGCUCACAAUCAUUUGAAAAAAGAUAAAAAAUUGACUUUUUAAAAUUAUGGGGUUUGCUUAAGCUUUGGGAGAUAAGGAGAUAUUUUGCGUUCGGAAAUUGUCUGUUCUGUAAAAUACAUGUUGGCAAGAACAUUUAGUCUGACGAAAGCUUUUGCUGAAACUCUAAUAAUAAACUUACACUGUGGUAAAUGCAAAAAUUUUUCCUGGUACUUGAACUACAAAGAAAGAAUUUUUUUAUAUAAAUUUUGACCAAGGUAAAAUAAGUACUGGCUGAAGUUUUACUGAACUAGCCUAAAACGUAGCUUAGAAUGUAGAUGUUAGACUGGAAAUUUCAUAGAAAAAGAAUACUAGGAAAUAAUUUAGAAUUAUGGUAAAUAUUAUUUCUAACGGUAUAAUGAUAAUCUUUCCAAAUCGA